GCUGCUUCUCUUAAAGACAUGCAGGGGACAUCUGUCCUCUUGUCUUUCGCUGAUACCAGCUUUUCAAACAAAACGUACCUAUCAUUCACCACCGCUUUUACAACCUAGCUACUAUGUCUGGCGACGACGGACCUUCGUCAAAACUGAUGUUUGGGCUAUUCUUUGGGAUGACAGUGUUUGUCAUCAUUGUCUGCUCCACAUUCUCCUACAUGUGCAUGAAGCGGCGAGCCAUGCGCAUACGCGAACGCGCAGACCUAGAGCGGCAGAUCCAGGCACUGCGGCAGCGUCGUGAACAGCUGCUGACCAAAGACCAGCCAUGCCGGCUAGAGGAAGAGGCCAUCGAGAGCCUGCCACGCCGUACUGUUGGCAAGGACAGCACAGGCAGCAACGCCGACGAGAAAUUCGAGUCUGCCAUCACGUGCGGUGUCUGCCUUGACGACUACAAGGCGGGCGACGUGGUGAUUCAGCUACAAUGCACGCACCAGUUCCACGAUCAUUGCAUUGUGCCGUGGUUCCGGACUGCGGACAAAUGCCCAUUCUGCAACAGGUGCGCGCGGCUUAGCAACGCCAGCACUACCGACACGAAAGUCUGAACACCCCAAUUUUUACCUGUAUUGCUUCGCUUAAUAUUGACUAAACCAC